AUGUCUCCCGCCACGAUUCCUCCCAUCACCGUCACCACUCCUCAGGAUGGCCUCUUCUCCGAGUCCCUCAUCUCUCCAGAUGUCUCUGCUUCAUUGCCCCAGGGCUACCAAUUGCGAGCCCUUCGCCGCUCCGACUUCAACUCGGGCUUCCUCGAUUGCCUCCGGGUGCUGACCACGGUCGGCGACAUCAGCGAAGAGAAAUUCCAGAAGCAGUACGACAACAUGGUGGCUCGCGAGGAUUACUACAUCAUCGUCAUCGAAGACACCAGCCGCGAGAAGAACUCCGUCGUGGCCACCGGCGCCCUGAUAGUCGAGCACAAGUUCAUCCACAGCCUGGGCAAGGUCGGCCACAUCGAGGACAUUGCCGUCUCCAAGGACCAGCAGGGCAAGAAGCUUGGCCUCCGACUCAUCCAGGCCCUCGAUUUCGUCGCCGAAAAGAUUGGCUGCUACAAGAGCAUCCUCGACUGCAGCGACGCCAACGAGGGCUUCUAUGUCAAGUGCGGAUUCCGACGAGCAGGCCUGCAAAUGGCCCAUUACUACGAAGGAGGCAAAAGUAAAUCACACUAA